AUGGCAGACCAUACCCUUUUCUUCUGGGAGUCCCUAACAGACAGUCAAGAUCCGGUAGAGCGACGUCCGGGAGUGCAAACGGCCAAGAACAUAGAAUCGGACUUUGGAUCUCUCGAGAACCUGCGCUCCGAAUUCCUCGAGAUUGCAGACGCCAUGUUCGGCAACGGGUUCGUAUGGCUCAUGAAGCCCGCGUCGUUCGGUGGUAUGACAAUUCUCGCCACAUACAACGCCGGUAGCCCGUGGCCUCAGGCAGCGCCACGAAGAGACACCCAAGACAUGGCCAAUUUCAACGGUCGAGAGGUGGCGGAUCAGCUGAAGAACGCAGCGCGUGUGGUCGAGGGGUCGCGGACGGCCGGCCACAGUGGUCGCUUCAGCAUGUACCAGUCCAACAAGUUUGUCGGUGCUCUCAACGCCACGCCCAUUCUCUGCGUUAAUGUCUGGCAACACCAGUGGAUUCCGGAUUAUGGCAUGCUGGGGAAGCGUGCAUAUUUGACUGCGUGGUGGGACAGCAUUGAUUGGCAAAAGGUCGAAGAACGACUUGUUCAUGCCGAGACUGAAAACUACUAUGGUGGCAGACGCACGAAGAACAUUGCAAGCAUCGAGGCUGUCGGAAGAGGUAUGGGCGAUAUCUAA